UCCGCCCUCGUCCGCUGUUUGCUCGGUCCAUACCAUCACCGGAGAGCGCGAGCGCACGCGAAUUAAACAACUUGUGUCAGAACGCGAGAUUCCUCAGCUCGUGAGUGGAUCAUGACGCACGUCUGCGCGUAAUGUCACGCGCAGCGGGUCUGUGUGUGCUGGGACAGGUGUGUUACCUGUGGCUGUGAAUGGAGGAAAUGGACACCAAAUGAACUGCUGUCCUUCAACAUUGUUGUUUUCCGACUGGGAACUAGUGAGACUGAGACUUUUGUCUAUUGAUUGAUCGCGUGACGCUUUUUAAACGGGUGAAGACACGCGCACCACUCCCUCAGCACUGGAUGUAAAGCUCUCUUUUUGAUUGCUGGUUCAGUGUGAACGGAGUUUGCCGCAUUACAGAACCGGGCUGCAGUAUGUGCGAGACGGUGAUGGCCGUGUCUCAGCUGGACAUCGAGCCUCAUCCACCGGAGAACGGCUUCGUCACCCCCGAAACCAAUACAUCGCCCGAGUUACUUACGCAGAUCGACGGCGGCGUUUUGCCGAACGUGGGCGGAUUUGGGAAGUAUCAGAAGCAGCUGAUCGUUUUAACAUGGAUCCCGGCCAUUUUCAUUGGCUUCAGCCAGUUCUCGGACAAUUUUCUCCUGGCUCAGCCUCAGCCGAGCAGCCCGUGUGCUCAAGUGCAGCCGAACAACAGCGAGCUCUCGACGACUCUUCAGCCCGAGAGGUUCACCCUGGCCAACAAUGAAUUCAAAGGCACUGAGGCGUCAUCACUCUGCAUCUGUAUGCAGUCAGGAUAUGAACUGAAAAACGGACUAGAGCAGAAUGUUGUCACCAAGUGGAACCUAGUGUGUGACUCUGCCUGGAUAGUUCAUAUUGCCAAAUUCUCCCUGUUGGUGGGCUCCAUCUUUGGAUACUUGGUGUUGGGAGUUCUGGCAGAUUGGUUUGGAAGGCACCCGGUCCUGAUCCUGUCCGUCUUCUUCAUGUUAGUCUUCGGCAUGACAGUGGCCUUCUCUGUCAACGUCCCAAUGUUCAGCACCCUGCGCUUCUUUGAAGGGUUUUGCUUGGCAGGAAUCACACUGUCCCUCUAUGCCCUGAGGAUCGAGCUGUGUCUGCCGGGAUGGCGCUUCUCCAUGACCAUGGUGGCAAACUUCAUGAUGUUGGCCGGGCAGCUGCUCAUGCCAGGACUGGCUGCCCUCUGUCGGGACUGGCAGAUUUUGCAAGCCGUCAUAAUCUGCCCUCUCAUACUCAUGCUGUCCUACAUCUGGAUUUUUCCAGAAUCUCUGCGCUGGCUGCUUGCAACUCAGCAGUACAGCCGCUCCAAAUGGAUCAUGGAGCGCGUCGCCAAGAAGAACGGCAUCAAUCUAGAGGAGGAUGCUGAUGAACUCGUGACAGAGAUGAACAGAGCCCUGCCAAAACCAUCCAAGAAGACGUGCAUUGUGAAAAUGGUUGGCACAAGGAACCUGUGGAAGAAUAUAGUUGUGCUCUGCGUCAACUCACUCACAGGUUAUGGCAUACACCACUGCUUUGCACGCAGCAUGAUGGACCAGGAUGUGGAGAUGACCACCAUGUUCCAUAACUUCUAUGCCGACUACUACACCAUGGCGGGCAUCGCCGUGGCUUCAUGCGUGGCACUUUGCCCUGCGGUGGGCGUGAUGGGCCGGCGUGGAGGACUCCUCAUGUUCAUGAUCAUCACAGCCCUGGCGUCUCUCCUUCAGCUGGGCCUGCUAAACUUGUUGGGGAAGUACAGUGUUCAGCUCAAUAUUGAACGCUCAGAUACGCUGAAGUACAACUUUUCGGUGGCUUUCUCCAUCAUUGGCAUGUUCUCCUCCCACGCUGUCAGCAACCUAAGCAUCUUUUUUUGUGCUGAAAUCACCCCUACUGUGAUUAGGGGUGGUGGGCUAGGCCUCGUACUGGCCAGUGCUGGUUUUGGCAUGCUGACAGCACCCAUCAUGGAGCUGCAUAACCAGAAAGGCUAUUUUCUGCAUCAUAUCAUCUUCGCCUGCUGCACUCUUAUCUGCAUCAUUUGCAUCCUGCUGCUGCCAGAGACUCGCAAUCAACCACUACCAGAAACAUUAGCGGAUGCAGAAAAUUACACUCGCCAACCAUUACUGCCACCUCGCAAGCCAGGCGAGCAACGCCUUCUGCUGACCAAGACUGACAGCCGCGAGUACGCAAGGGUAGGCGACACGCCUCUCCACGAAGCAGCCGCCACCGCUAUUUCCACUAUGGACUCUACUGCCUCAUCCGCCAUCGAUCUUCACAUGAUCAUUGACCAGCAAGUGACAGGUCAGGUAGAGCUAUUAAAAAUGAAGACCUUGACUUCUUCCCAAGAGCAAAAUGAACUCAAGCAAACCAUUGAGGAGUAUCCCAAAGCUGCAACCUCUGCCGAGGAUCCUCUCCUCGCCUCUAUCCCAAACACCUCUACACCAAUCGCUAUUAGUUCCAUUCAGACAUCCAAAACAGAAUCUCCUCCUGAUGUUGUCCUAACUCUUCUGUCGUCUUCCUCCGCAGACACUCCUUUUUUCAGCAAUCAUGUCUUGGAUUCCUCUACUUCUCCUUUAUCGACAAAGAUCCAAACUCCUUUGGAGUCUCCCAUACCAGGUGCUGAUGAUUGCAACAUCCAAGUUGAAGCUGCUUUUGCCUCUCCUUCGCCACCACUUGUGAGUGAUUCUAGCAUCCACCCGACAGCGUCCUCCCCAGUAGAUGACGCCAUUCCUCUUUGCGCAAUAAACCUGUCCGAUCUACCACCUACAUCCACUGGACAAUCACCCAAUCAGUCUUUAAAUGACAUUCCUCCCCCUUCCUCAAUAGACUCUCCUGUUAAUCUAGUCACUGAUAUUCUAGCCCCUUCCCCAACACCGUUGUCAUUACCACCGAUACUAGACCCAAAUGGUCAAGGUAAUGGCACCCCUGCCCAAUCCCUCUCUUCACCCAUAGAUUCCGGCACUCCGUUGUUACACUUAGUUGCUUCACCUAUGAUGAACUCCAUAGAUUCUGGCCCAUCUUCACCAGCUCUACUGGAGUCUUUAGGUAAUGGUACUACUCCUCAUGCCGCUGUAGGUUCAACCGCACCUCAUGCCACAAGCACUGACUCUGUUACAGAAUCUGGCCACCCCCUCAUGGCGGACUUGACCGUUUCCUCGCCUAUUGACUCAGGUGUACCUAGAGACGCUGACUUCCACAUCACGGAAACCAACACUGCCAGUGGGGAGACGUCUUCAUGACGGACACAUUCGCUCCACAUGACUUGAUGGGCAGCCUUAUUAUUCUUACUGCUUGUUAUCAAGAAGCAGUUCUUGCCGUGAGGGGGGCUCAUUUCAGUCAUUGUUAGAAGUAUUGUUAUUUUCCAGCAGCCAUGACCUGAGAAUGGCAAAGCAAGGAGAAGGUAUAAAAGGAUCUGACUGAAAGGGAACGACCAACAGUCAAAGCUCAAAGGGUUUUUACUCUCCCUUGGUUUCCAAGCCUUCUUACUGUGGUGCCAGUAUCUGCUUUUUGGGCAGCUAGAUCCAAAAUUCCAUGCGUUAUCAUUGAGCUUCUAUUAUUAAAACACUAAGACCAAUAGUGACAAGUUCUUACUUGAGUUACUCAAUGUAGUCUAGUGGUUAGGCUUACUCAUAUCUGCUUGUUUGAUCGUAAAUAACAUUUAGGAUCAAAUGUGAUUUUCUGUAAUUAAUUGACUGGAAUUAAGUUGUUAUAUUCAAGUGGGAAUACAGCAUCGGUGAGGUCCAGUAUCAAAGGGAAUUUCUCAAAAACCCAACAGUGUAGAUUUAAUGCUGGGAAUGUUUGCCGAUGUGUCCUGAAGUGAAAGGCAAAUACCUCUAUGAAUUAGGUGUCAAAUAAGCAAUGUUCGGAAGUAUAUGUUGUAAAAUAGAUACUGCACAGAGACUGCUCAAUGGUAUGAUUUAUUGAACUAAUAUGUUUUAAUCACUGAUUCUGGUGGGGAAAAAAAUAAUUUUGAGGAAUACAGAUGAUACUUCAUGGCUGUGUAACACUGUCUAAGCGACCUACAAUACACAAAAUCAAGUGUAUGCAACAGACUUAUUGUGAAUGUGAACAAUUUUGUAAUUUAUGCUAUUGUGGUACUGAUGUACAGUGGUACUGACUGCUUUACUUUAAAAAAAAAAAAAAAAAAAGAUUUUAGGUUAUAUUGUCUGUAUCAAUGAGUGUACGCCCAUUGGUAUUUUGUUACCAUGUCUGUGUAAAUGUAUGUGGCACUUUAUCGUUCACAAUGACAAAAAAAGCAUGUGAACAUCUAAAAAUGAAACUUUCAAUGAAUGAUUUCAAAGUAAGAAGAACAAAUAUGAAUUUUUGAGGAAUGAGUACAAUUGCCAUCUUUCAUUUGUGGUCACUUUUAAUCACAGCAAUAAUAUAUUUACAAUAUGUGACCCGUACUAUGCCAGGAGUUUAAAACAUUUCAAUUUUAUUUUCAAAUUGUUUUAUAUCCUUAAUCACAGUAAAGAGAACUAAUAUUAAAUAAUAAUUUUUUUAAUGUCUGAAAUUGUCCCCUAAAAUUGGGGUGGGUGUGUUUAUUCGUAAGUUUGGCGAUAGUUGGUCGUGAUCAAGGCUAAAACAAUUCGAAGAAAAUUUCAUGGAGCUAAACCUGUUCUUGGCACAAAAUGUAACAUUACUUUGGAUUUCUUGGAAAAAAUGAUUUCCAAUGAUAUUUUGAAUCAAUCCAGCAAACGUUUAGUUUCUUUUUAUCUUCAAUAAAAAGUAUUAUGGCCCUACAGUAUGUAAAAUUUUUUAAAAAGUUUUUGAUUAUUUGUUACUUUAAAUGAUGUCUUUUGUAUUUUGUUAUUCCAAGGACAGGGGCAUUUUCUUCUCAAAUAUAUCAUGGCCUUCUUCUAUCUGGUGACGUCCUUUAGCUUUUACUACUGUAUUCUCAUUUAGCUAUUCAGGAUAUCUUGUUACAUUUGAUAUGUCCGCAUAUGACUGAGCAUGUUACAACGGACUCCAAAAUCUCAAAAGAAACAUCACACUUUUCCAUUUUCCAUUUGCAAUGUGACUUGUUAGCGUGAUUGAUUUCAAACAGUUUGGACAAAUCUCAAAGACUCACAUUUUUAAAAGUAAAAAUCCCUACCAUUCAGUCAUUCAAUGAACCUAAUUUCCUAGCCAAGACAUUUUUGAGAAAAAUACUUUACAUAAGUGUGCAAAUACUGAAGUGAACGCUUGGUCAGUGCAUGAGUAACUGAGUUAAUCUAUUCCUCCACCACACAGCUCACUAUUUGACACUCCACCAAACAUUGAGUUUUUCAUUAGGGUCAAAUCGGAUCACAAACAACAUUUUUCGUUUAAACAAUUUAUAUGCCGUAGUUCAAAGCCCAACACAACGCCGUGUGUCCACAAAAACGCUAGGUGCUCUGCUGAAAACGCCUAUCUGUGAACGCUUGAGAGCUUUUUCAGUUGAGACGCUUUGCAUUCUAUGAUACGGAAUAUCUAGGGAAGUGUUACUAGUAUAUAAUUUCACAAAUAUUUUUUUCUGUACUGUUUUUAUAUAAAAGAAUGUCGAUACAAUGUAAAAUAUUUGCUCUGGCUGUUGUUUUAAAUGAUUUUGUUCCGCCCUGAUAGCACACAUACAUCUCGGAGACGUCUAUUUAAUGUGCAUGUUUACAUCUGGAAGACAUAUUUUUUUGGUGAUUGCUCAUCUGCAAUACAUCUAUAGGACAUUUCCUGUCAGAUGUCAAAUAGAUGUUUAUAAAAUGUCUUUAAGAUGUUUAUGAUUUAGAAUGUAUGUAAAACUGACAUCUUAAAGACGUCUAUCAGAUGUUUGUAAACAACAGAUGCUUUCCAGAUGAAAUGAUCAUUAACAAACAUCUUGUAGACGUACGAGUGCUAUCUGGAUGUUGUUGUCCUGAUAGCACCCGAACAUCUCAGAGACGUUUAUUUGAUGUGUGUUUACAUCUGGAAGACGUGUUUGCUUAUCUGCAAUACGUCUAUAGGACGUUUCCUGUCAGAUGUCAAAUAGACGUUUAGAUAAUGUCUUUAAGAUGUUUGGGAUUUAGAAUGUAUGUAAAAAUGACAUCUUAAAGACGCUUUCCAGAUGAAUUGAUCUUUAACAGAUGUACGUGUGCUAUCUGGGUGUCAUCUGUUGAUGUUGUACAAGCAGAAUGUGGCGGUUGGUCUGUGUUGUAUUUGUCCCGCCUUUUCUCCACUGUGAUUGGAUGGCUGGGUACAAAGUGACAGUGAUGAGCACUGCAUUUUACCCAGAAAGUCCAGUUAAACAUUCUUUAAUUCGAGGCGACAGGUAAAAAAACGCAGAGCGAGUCAGCGUGAAAUAGAGGCUCAGUGCCUCGUUAAGCCCCAGUUAUACUUUCUGUGUGCGCUAGGGUCCGCGUGAUGUAAAAAUCAUCAUGGAGGGUGUACGCGGAGGCUCUUUACGGACAUCUGCAUGCAUCCCAUUUUUUUGUAAGCUACAAAAGCACCAACUGCGCAUGUGCUGGAAAAACAACGAAUUUGAAGAGAGGCUGUGUGAAGAAGACUGUUGCUAAAACAAUAUGAAGACAGCCAGACGUGCAAUAAUAAUGAUGUGCAAUAAUCCGUUUGUUUACUGUUCAAGUCGAUGUACUGCGCAUGUGUGGAACAUGUCUGUCGAGCGGACCCCAGCAUACACUUUCAGUAGUAUAAAUGCAAGCAGUCCGCGUCCGUGCUGUCUGUGUAUGCAUCCGGACUGGAGUAUAACCAGGUCUUUACGCUCUUGGCGCUCCCAUUGAAAACAAUUGGAAAAAUACGCUAGCCUCGGGAAAAAACGUUUGGUGGACACACGGCUUAAGAAUACACUUAAGAAAGCUAUAGUGUGACGAUCUUCACAUAGUCAAGACCCAUUACCAUUACACACACAGAAGUCACCCCAAUAAGAACAAUAUUCCUUCGCUGCGUCCCAAUUCAGAGACUGCAUCACUUGAAGAUUGAUAAUAAACAGUGUAUUCCUUCAUGGAUUAGGAAAAGAAGGCCACAUUUGAAGGAGCUUUUGAAAUGGGACAGCCUUUGUCGUUGCGCCACUGUCAUGCAUUCAGCCUUCUAAUGCAGCCUCUGAAUUGGGAAGCACAACUUGUUUUCAAGUAACACCACUUGACAUGCUAAACUUACAUGCAUAGCAUGUGAAGGUUGGCUGUCAAUGGGGAAAAAAGUGCAGUGUUUAACGCUAAAUUGCUGGGGUACUGUAUACUUCACAUUGGCGAAUCAACCACUAUAUCAUAUAUGAACCACAUCAAAUUUAGUAAUUUUUUUGUAACCUCUUUCAGAUUUUAUACCUAACUGUGGUAAAGCCAAAAUAUGGUGGUAAGCUCUUCUGUACACCAGAUCUGUCCGCUGUGACUUGGCCUGAUCUAGAAAACUGAAUAUUAGCUAGUCAAUGCAAACUCUUCCAAAUUCAAAUUUGUGAUAUCUUGAGUAUAUACCUCGUUGACAAGGGUAUUUAAUACAGGUAUUCCCUCAGAAUGUACGCUCCGCUCCAAGAGCAGUGGCAAGAGGAUGAAUGUCGAAAAAAUUGAUUGUUUUGGGUUUCAUGUACAUUUUGUUAACAUACAUAAUGCAUUUGUAUAUAAAGUUGUAUGUGUCGUAAUAUACUUUAUUGAAUAAAAUAUAUUUGUUGAGA